CCUUUUACUACUGUACUCUCUCUCUCUCUCUCUCUCUCUCUCUCCAAAACGCCCGAUUCGAUUCUCUCUCAUUAUGACUCCCGCCACUCUCUUCCAUCCCUUUCGCACUCUUUAAAACCCUAAUCCUUCUCUAACUAUACACCCUCAGCGAUUUCACGUAAGGAUCAGAGAAACCCUCGCCUCUGAUUGAAAUCCCAUCAGCAUUCUCUCCCUCUCUCGUCUCUCAAUUUUCGAAUCCCUUCUUUCUAACCCUAAGAUGCUGAUUUCUAGGGUUUCUAACUGUUCGUUUCUUUAUCGUUUUAGAUGAUUUGAUUGAUGGAUCUGUUCGUUUUCUGGGUGUUUCUGCAGGAAAGGAGGAGGAACGAGGGCUUGGAUUUAUGUCCCUCAAUCAAUCCAGGGCUGAGAAGAGUGAAGCACAGUUGAGGAAACCUGGUCGAUCUGGGAGCUCUUCUCACCAAAGGAGUUUCGUGGGCGGCGGCGGGAAGGGCGGUGGUGUGACCGCCCCUCCAGUUUCUUCUUCACCUUCGCCGUCCUCGUUGACAAACAGAAGCUUUAAGAAGUCUAGUAAUGGGCAAGGAGGGCAGUCUAGGGCGGGGUCCACAACCGCUAAUUCUGAAUCAAGCAUUGUUGUUGCUGCUUCACGCACCGUGCAGAAUGGUGCACAUGUUCAAUCCCAAUUCCACGGAGCAUCAGAUGCUCCAGUGUUGGGAGUCACCAAGCCCGUUGAUUCGGCGGUUCUGAAAGGUUCCCGAGUCCUUCCAAGGGCCCCAUCUUCUCAAUUCACCACUGGAGCUUUGAAUUCCACAGCAGUGCCAGCCACACCAUCAAAAGGUGAUGUGCCCAGGCCAUUUCUUCAAUUUGGAAGCAUAAGUCCUGGAUUUAUGAAUGGGAUGCAGAUACCUGCUAGGACUACCUCUGCUCCACCAAAUUUGGAUGAGCAGAAACGUGACCAGGCUCGUCAUGAUUCUUUUGUAGCUGUCCCCACAUUGCCAAUCCCUUCUUCUCCUAUGCAGCCACAACAGAUGAAGGAUGUUAGUAGCAUUAAGCAAUCUAACACUGCAGUGUCUCAUCCACCAACACAGCCAAGGAGGGAUGUACAUGUCCAAAUUCCAGCCCCUCCUGCCACCUCAGCACCAAAAUCUUCUGUUCUUCCUAUGACCGGAGUGUCUAUGCCCAUGCCUUUUCAGCAGCCACAAGUUCCUUUACAAUUUGGUGGCCCUAGCCCACAGAUUCAGUCACAGGGCAUCACAGCCAGUUCACUGCAAAUGCCAUUGCCAUUACCCAUGGGAAAUGCCUCCCAGGUUCAGCAGCAGGUUUUUGUUCCGAACCUCCAAUCUCAUCAGCUGCAGCCACAGGGGAUGAUGCAUCAGGGACAAAACCUGGGUUUUGCACAUCAAUUGGGUCAUCAACUGGCACCUCAGUUGGGCAACCUGGGAGUUGGAGUGGCCUCACAAUUUGGCCAACCACAGGCUGGAAAAUUUGGUGGUCCCCGCAGAACUGUCAAGAUAACUCAUCCUGAGACUCAUGAAGAGUUGAGGCUUGAUGAUAAAAGAACGGAAACAUACAUGGAUGCCAGUUCCACAGGGCCAAGGUCUCAUUCUAACAUUCCUCCACAGUCCCAGCCCAUUUCAUCAUUCUCACCUGCUCAUUCAAUGAACUACUAUUCACCUAUAGGUCCUAUACAACCCAAUUCUUAUAACCCUCCUAUCUUCUUUUCGGCUCCAACAUCUCUUCCUCUGACAAGCACCCAGAUGACUCCUGCCACCUCAGCAUCGAGAUAUAACUACCCAGUUGGCCAGGGUGGGCAAACUCUAUCUUUUAUGAACCCUUCUGCUCUCAACCCCUUGCCUAUUAGUAAGGCUGGCCCUCAGAUGCAUGGAAUUUCUGAAGCUGCAAACUCGGAGCACGCUCGUGAUGGUCAUGCCAGACCGGUUUCUGCCCAAGCAGCUUCAGUUCGCGUGACGAUCAAGCCAGCUGUUGGUUCUCUUGCAGAAAAAGCUGGGACCACAUCAGUGGCAGUGAGCUCACAUGCUAGCAAGGGUGACCCACCUAAAUCAUUGAGACAACUCAGUGAAGUCAGUGUCUCUCAUCAGCAACGGAGCAGUGACAUUGGUUCAGAAAGUAAUACUCAACAGCCAAAGCCUCUUGCUGAAUCAUCAGAUGCCAUUGCAUUGCAUGCGACAGCUAAACAUUCUACUCCCACAUCUGCUGCGGUUUUGAUACCUUCGCAGCCUCCUAGUACUUCUACACCAGUUCCUGUCACACCCGCUGAGGAUUCUGCAUCUGCCACGACAAAUGCAGAAGGCAGGAGAAGAGAAACUAUUAGAAGGUCUGACUCUUUAAAGGAUCAGCAGAAAAGGGCUGGCAAAAAGGAGCAACGGCACUCCCAGCAACAGCAUCAGGCAGAUGUCUCUGAUUCUACAGGCAGUUUGAAGUCAUCUUCAGUAAAAAUAUCGAAGGAUAGUAGUUCCUCGGACCUAAAUUCUAGCCAAGGUUCCAAGAAUACUGAUAUUGUUCAAACUCCUUCAGAGGUGGUUGGAGCAUCCUCUGCUUCAUCAGCCCUUCCUUCUCCAAGUUUAGUGCAUGGUGUUUCCUCAUGUGAAGGAAUGUCUGAAACUGAAGAAGGUAAAGCAAUCCCUUUGACUUCAGAAACCUCUAAAGAUAUACUGGCGGCUGCCACAGAAGUACCAGAAGAUGUUCAUAUGGGUAAUUAUUAUUCAUCCAAAACAGUGACUGAUGGUGUUGAAGUUGGGGAGGGAGGUCCCUGUGAGCCAUCAAACCCUUCUAGUCCUGAACUGGAUGUGACUGCACCAGAAAAUUUGGAUUCAGCUCAUCACAUGAAGCAAAUUGAUUGUUCUCCACCAGAGGUUGGAUUGAAACAAGAAAUCACUGGAACAGUGAUUCAUACAGGAUCUACCAUUUCAGAAUCCUCUGAAGGUGGCUGGCGGACGGAGUUAGUAUCACAAAAAGAGGCAGCAGGAGACAAUGUACUUGGAACAAAUGCCGUUGGUGAGUUGAGCUGUAUAAAAACUGAACAGAAGGAUAUAAAUCUGGAAGCUGAGGGCUGUAGCUUGGAUGUUGACAGGAUGGUAGAUAACAUAGUCACAUCUGCUACUACAUCAUCUGGCCCUAUCGAUGCUGAAAGUGCCCCCUCUAGUCGUAUUUCAUCUACAGAUGGUCACGGAGAUAAAUCAUCUGGAGAUCCCUCUGAAAUGAAAAGUGAAAAAAGCAUAGCUAGUCAAGAGGUGGUGGUGACAGAUUCUGGUUUAUCACAUCAGGAGACUGCCCCUGUUCUGUCUUCACUUCCAUUGGAAAUGACUGCAAAGCUCGAAGGCAGAGGCACAGAGAGUACCAGCAGUAGUCAAGUUUCUACUUCAUUGUCAGGAUCAAAGGACAGGAUAUCCUCUUCAGAACAGAAUAGGACAAAGAGUACCGCUGGAAAGAAGAAAAAGAGAAGGGAAAUUCUUUUGAAAGCAGAUCUUGCAGGGACAACUGCUGAUCUUUACAUGGCAUAUAAGGGUCCCGAGGAGAAGCAAGAGACUCCUCUUAGUUCAGAAAAUAUGGAUAGUUCUGCUGGUGACGCAAAGCAGGAAUCUGCAGGUGAUGCUGAGAAAGAUGUUGUAGCAACUGAGGAUGAUGGACAUAGUAAAUCUGAACUAGAUGAUUGGGAAGAUGCAGUAGAUGUAUCUACUCCAAAACUGAAAGCAUCAGAAAAUGGGGAACAGGUUCACGGUGCCAGGAAGCACACUGAUGGAUAUGGAAGUGAAGCAUCUGGUAAAAAGAAGUACUCUAGAGAUUUCCUCUUCACCUUUCAAGAGCAAUGCACUGAUCUUCCGGCAGGUUUUGAGAUCGGAUCCGAUGUAGUGGAUGCCCUAAUGAGUGGUCCAGUAGCUAUCUCCCAUCUUGUUGACCGAGAGUCUUAUCCAAAUUCUGGAAGGAUUGUAGACAGGCCAACUGGGGGAUCUCGCGUUGAUCGCCGCGGGGGUGGUCUUGUUGAUGGCGACAAAUGGAGCAAAGCACCUGGUCCUUUUGCUGCUGGACACGACCCUCGUCUGGAUCUUGGUCAUGGAGGUGUGGCUGUAAAUUUUCGGCCUGGACAAGGAGGCAAUCAUGGGGUGCUAAGGAAUCCACGCGGACAGCCAGGUCAAUAUAUAGGCGGGAUUCUCUUGGGGCCAAUGCAGUCACUGGCAUCUCCAGGAGGCAUGCUACGGAAUAGCCCUGAUGCUGACAGGUGGCAACGUGCUACUGGUACUCAGAAGGGCUUGAUUCCUUCUCCUCAGACUCCUUUACAGGCAAUGCACAAAGCCGAGAAGAAGUAUGAAGUGGGUAAAGUGUCUGACAAUGAAGAAGCCAAACAAAGACAAUUGAAAGCGAUUCUCAACAAGCUAACCCCUCAAAACUUUGAGAAACUUUUUGAGCAGGUCAAAGCUGUCAACAUUGACAAUGUGGUCACUCUUACUGGUGUCAUAUCACAGAUUUUUGACAAAGCACUGACGGAACCAACUUUCUGUGAAAUGUAUGCAAACUUCUGCUACCAUCUCGCUGGUGAGUUGCCCGAUUUCAAUGAGGACAAUGAGAAGAUCACUUUCAAAAGAUUGCUUUUGAACAAGUGCCAGGAGGAGUUUGAGAGGGGGGAGAGAGAACAAGCUGAAGCUAACAGGGUUGAGGAAGGUGAGAUUAAACAGUCUAAAGAGCAAAGAGAGGAGAAGAAAGUCCAGGCACGGAGACGGAUGCUCGGAAACAUUCGUUUGAUUGGUGAGUUGUACAAAAAGAAAAUGUUGACUGAGAGAAUCAUGCAUGAAUGCAUUCAGAAACUAUUGGGUCAGAAUCAGAAUCCAGAUGAGGAAGAUGUUGAAGCUCUAUGCAAGUUGAUGAGCACAAUUGGGGAGAUGAUAGAUCAUCCCAAAGCCAAGGAACAUAUGGAUGCAUAUUUUGUGGUGAUGCGGAAUUUGUCAAACAACCAGAAUAUGUCCUCUAGGGUGAGAUUCAUGUUGAAGGAUUCAAUUGAUCUGAGGAAGAAUAGAUGGCAACAAAGGAGGAAAGUGGAAGGGCCAAAAAAGAUAGAGGACGUUCACAGGGAUGCAGCUCAAGAACGACAAGCACAAGCAAGUAGAUUGUCUCGUGGGUCCGGCUUUAGUUCUUCAGCAAGGAGGGGACAACCUAUUGACUAUAAUCAGCGAGGGCCCACGAUGCUAUCUUCUCCAAGCACCCAGCAGACAGGUGGACUCCGUGGCUUGCCACCUCAGGCUCGUGGAUAUGGCAAUCAAGAUGUUCGGUCUGAGGAUAGACAUCCUCUUGAAAGCAGGGCAUUGUCUGUCCCCUUGCCACAGAGACCCGAUGAUGAUUUUAUUACUCUCGGUCCUCAAGGUGGUCUUGCUAGGGGGAUGUCCAUCAGAGGACAGCCAUUGAUGUCAAAUGCUCCCUUGGCUGAUGUUUCGUCUAAUGCUGGAGAACCUAGAAGAAUGGCAUUGGGUCCAAAUGGUUAUGGUCCUGCAUCAGAUUGGACACCACAUAACUCACGAGAGGAACUUGCGCCAAGAUACAUCACAGAUAGGUUUAUGGCAGCACCUGCUUAUGACCAAUCAAAUUCCCUAGGGCACAACAUAUCUAUUGGGAACAGGGAUAUUAGGAAUGCAGAUCAUCCUUUUGAUAGAUCCACAGCUACCUCACCUGCCACAGGCCGUGCACAGGUGUCUUCAGCUGCAACCCCACAAAGUGUUCCUUCUGAUUCUACAGUGCCUGAAGAACGCUUGCGAGACAUGUCUAUUGCAGCGAUACGGGAAUUCUAUAGUGCAAGAAAUGAGGAAGAGGUUCGCCUAUGCAUCAAGGACUUGAAGACCCCUAGUUUCUAUCCAGAUAUGGUAAUGCUCUGGGUGACGGAUUCUUUUGACAGGAAGAAUGAGGUUGACCGGGAACUUUUGGCUAAGCUGCUAGUUAACCUAUCCAAGUCUGGAGAAAGAUUGCUGAGUCAAGUACAGCUCAUUAAAGGGUUUGAGUCUGUGCUCUCUACCUUGGAGGACGCUAUUACUGAUUCCCCAAAAGCUGCAGAGUAUCUUGGCCGCAUCCUUGGAAAAGUCAUCUCUGAAGACAUACUUCCUUUGAGAGAGAUUGGACAAUUAAUACACAAUGGAGGUGAUGAGCCAGGGAGCCUUCUAGAGAGUGGGCUGGCUGCAGAUGUUCUUGUUAGCAUUUUGGAUAUCAUUAGAAAAGAAAAAGGUGAUUCUGUAUUACAUGAGAUCCGGACAAGCUCCAAUCUACUGUUGGAGAAUUUUCGACCUCCGGAUCCCAUCAAAUCAAGUAAGUUAGAUGCAUUUAUUUAGAGGACAUGCUAUGUAUUGGGGGUACAGAAAUCAUGCCUAGAUCUUUCUCACUUCAUCCUGCGGAAAAUAUUUUCUUGUUCAAGGCUCCAUAUCUUAUUAUUUAUUCGAUAGUUCACCAAAA